CGUUGCGACUCGACCUUGCGCUGGUGGAGCUCUUCGGAUUUGGCAUAUUUUUCGAAGAGCUGAUAUAGCUCCUGCAAGCUCUUGGGUGGAUCCCUGAUACAAUGGCUGUAGAGGACGCCGGCCCGAAGGCCAUUGAUGGCGUAGUGGAUAGCGAUCUGAUCGUCGACAGAGGGCAGCUGUGACUUGAGUGUUAAGAACUUGCGGUAAUACUCCCGCAGAGUCUCCUUUUCCAGCUGUUUGCAAAGCGAGAGCUUGGCCAAAGCGUCGGUGUCUGGACGGUACCCUUGGAAGUUGAGGAGGAACUUGUCCCUGAGACUUCGCCACGAAUCAAUGGACAGCGGGGGCAAUCUGGUGAACCAGGUGAGUGCUGGGCCCUCUAGGGCGAUGAUGAAAGACUUUGCCAUUGUGGCCUCGUCCCCUCCGGCUGAUGCAACGGCGACUUGGUAACUCAUGAUGUAUUGCGCCGGAUCGGUGCUGCCGUUGUACUUGGGGUAUGCCCCCGCUCGAAAGUUGGCUGGCCAAGGCGUCACUUGCAGGUGUGGCGCCAGGGGACUUCGCUCGUCGAGGUAGUUGAUCCCUUGGAAUGGCGCGCCGUGCUGGGGGGCGUAGUCAUGCUGGGGGAAACGCGGGUUCUCCGGCUGCGCCCGGUGCUGCAGGGGUUGGCCGUGCUGUCGGCCGAGGUAGCCUUCGCGCAUGUCCUCCGGCUGAGCGCGUUGUUGGAGGGGUGGUUCUUGCUGCAAACCGAGGUGGCCUUCGCGCUGCAUCAGCGCGAUCUCGCGCUCGAGGUCUUGGGCUUUCUGCUCCUCGUCGCGUAUCAUUUGCCGCACUUUGGCUAAUGCGGAAACACGUUGGCGCUUGGCCUCCAGUAUCUCUUUCUGCCUCUGGAGAUUGCGGUUCCUGAGGCGCAGGGCGCGCAGCUGCAGCUGUUCUUCUGUUGAGACGCCGAGGGCCUCACCAUCCUCGGUGAGGUCGGCGCCUUCCAGUGGGGCGAAGCCUGGGGGCGGCUGCGACUGUCCUUCGGUUCCGCAGGUGCGGAAGGUGUCGUCUUCGCCGGUGUGGGGAACAUUGUCCUCAAUGGGCUCUUGGUGGGUGGAUUGGGUGAGGGCGAGGGCCUUGCCCUUUCUUGCGGCCAGCAGUGCUGCCUUCGCAGCCUCGUCAGCCUUGGGGUUAGCUCUCUUGGGUGCCAUCGCGGGUGGUUUUGUCGUAGCACGAACGGUGGGCGCCAAAUGUUGGAACUUGCUCUCUGCUGCAAGUGGGCCAACGGGGGUGAACAAUGGCGACAACAGGGUUACGUGCACGGGGGCAAUAGCUCUGUUGAUCUCGCCUCUCACGGGCACUGUGCGGGGGUAUUUAUAGGUGUCUGAGUGCCCAGCGUCUUGUCUUAAGGACGCAUGUGCCCUCAGACGCCUAGUUUAUCCCCGGAAUAUUCCCAUAAAGCAGGGUUACAAGCUGUAAUUACAAGUAUGCCUUUACAAGUCAGGCCCGUAAUACAGAGGCGGCCACGCGGGGCCCGUUACAAUGGGCCAGAUCACACGUGGGCCUUGGGGCUGAAUGAGGCCGCGCCGUGUGAGGACGUCGCCGCAGGUCUUCGUCAAAGUGUCGAGUCCUGCGAAGGGUGUCCCUGCCCGCUUUGCCUCCGUCGGACCAGCGGCUGCAGCGAAGGCCUGGAGCGAAGGGUGGCGUCUUUGCCUUCGCCCCAACAUUCAUACCAUGCUCUUGGGGCUUGCUUAAGUCCAUAGAGCGCCUUAGAGAGCUUACACACGUGGUCAGGGUACCGUUCAUCCUCGAAGCCAGGGGGUUGCUCCACGUACACCUCCUCCUUGAUUGGCCCGUUGAGGAAGGCACUCUUCACAUCCAUUUGGAAUAACCUGAAAGAAUGGUGAGAGGCAUAUGCUAACAAGAUACGAAUGGACUCUAGCCUAGCCACAGGAGCAAAAGUCUCCUCAAAGUCCAAACCUGCGACUUGGGCAUAACCUUUUGCCACAAGUCGAGCCUUGUUCCUUGUCACCACUCCGUGCUCGUCUUGUUUGUUGCGGAACACCCGCUUGGUUCCCACAACAUUCUGCUUGGGACGAGGCACCAACGUCCAAACUUCAUUCCUCUUGAAGUUGUUGAGCUCCUCUUGCAUGGCCAACACCCAGUCCGGAUCUAGCAAGGCCUCUUCUACCCUGAAAGGCUCAAUAGAAGAGACAAAGGAGUAAUGUUCACAAAAAUUAACUAAUCGAGACCGAGUAGUUACUCCCUUGCUAAUAUCUCCCAGAAUUUGGUCGACGGGAUGAUCCCUUUGAAUCAUCGCUCGAACUUGGGUUGGAGGUGCCGGUUGCGUUUCUUCCCCCAUCACAUGAUCAUCUUGUGCUCCCCCUUGAUCACACAUCUCCUGUUGAUGAACCUGUUCAUCGUCUUGAGUUGGGGUAUGCACCAUAGUUGAGGAAGAAGGUUGAUCUUGUUCAUCUUGUUCCUGUGGCCGAACUUCUCCAAUCGCCAUGGUUCGUAUAGCGGCCGUCGGAACAUCUUCUUCAUCUACAUCAUCAAGAUCAACAACUUGCUCUCUUGGAGAGCCAUUAGUCUCAUCAAAUACAACGUCGCUAGAGACUUCAACCAAACCCGAUGAUUUGUUGAAGACUCUAUACGCCUUUGUAUUUGAGUCAUAACCUAACAAAAACCCUUCUACAGCUUUGGGAGCAAACUUAGAAUUUCUACCCUUCUUCACUAGAAUGUAGCACUUGCUCCCAAAUACACGAAAGUAAGAUACAUUGGGUUUGUUACCGGUUAGUAGCUCAUACGACGUCUUCUUGAGGAGGCGAUGAAGGUAGACCCUGUUGAUGGCGUGGCAAGCCGUGUUCACGGCUUCAGUCCAAAAGCACUCGGGGGUCUUGAACUCUCCUAGCAUCGUCCUCGCCAUAUCGAUGAGCGUCCUGUUCUUCCUCUCUACCACACCGUUUUGCUGUGGUGUGUAGGGAGCGGAGAACUCGUGCUUGAUCCCUUCCUCUUCAAGGAACUCCUCCACUUGAAGGUUCUUGAACUCGGACCCGUUGUCGCUCCUUAUCUUCUUCACUUUGAGCUCAAACUCAUUUUGAGCUCUCCUGAGGAAGCGCUUGAGGGUCCCUUGGGUUUCAGACUUAUCCUGCAAAAAGAACACCCAAGUGAAGCGGGAAAAGUCAUCAACCACUACACCAUGACACAAUUUUAGCGUCAAACAUCUGACGGUAAAAAUAGAUGUUUGGCGACAGCAAGUAUGUCACAAAAUAAUACCAUCACACUAUCUGUCGGUAAUUAUUGCGUUGGCGUCAACAAAUCUGUCGGCAAUAAUUUCGAGUUAUUGUGGCGGUUCAUCUGUCGGUAUAAAUGGUUAUGCGUGGCACACCGACUGUCGGGAAAACAUAGCAUCAGAUCAUCUGUCGGUACAUGAAUGUCUUGAGUAAUUAAUAAAUUAAUUUCAACUAAUAUAUUUAAGUAAUUACUAAAUUUCAACUAAUAUAUUUAUAUACUGUACGACUGUACCAAUUAAGCUCCUGCCCACGCCUGGCCUGUGGGCAGCACGCUACAAGCCUAAAAGGCAACAAAAAAAAAAGACAAAAGCAACCCAGGAUUCGAACCUGGCACCAAUCGCUCCUAAGGAACAACUCAAACCAGCUGAGCUAGAGUUCACUUGUGUUACAUGGUGGAGAAAUAUUCUUAAGAAGUAAGAUCUAUAGGAAUAAAUUAAUGAACCGUUUUCCCUGGCCGAAGCGCUCUCUGUUAUUCUGUACGCAUCUUCUCCUAUCCGUGAGUCCUAAACCACCGCGCCGCUGCCAAAAACCUAAACCACCGCGCCGCUGCCCCCGACGCCGUCUUACUUCGCCCUGUUCUUGCCCCUUGAGACUCGGACCUCCAGCCGCCUGUCCUGUGGUGCGCAGACGUGUUCUUGCUCCUGUAGGAUCUUUGAUCUCUUGUUGCUCGGCUAAUCAAAACGGAAGCGCCACCAUCUCUGGACUUCGACCACAGGCGACGGUGCACGCCCUGCGCCGACGCGUCCUCCUCCGGUCCCUCCCCCAUCGACCACCGCAGCACCGUCCAACGCUGUGCCCUGUGAUCGUGCGGUGGUGUAGUCUGCUGCUGGUGCCCAAGACUGAAGAAAGAUAGUUCAGUCUACUGCUGCUGCUAGCGAGGACGAGGGCGGGCGCCGGACCACCUGAAGGAGAAGUGCGUGAACAACGCUUGGACGACAUCCAUUGAUCAGUGGAGGAAAGUUUGUAAGAGGAAGAGGAAUGGGUAAAGAAACGGAGGUCAAUGAAUAUGAACUACAAAGGGCUGCCAACAUAAAAGAAAAUAUGAAGAGGAUGAGAUCUCUUAAUCUCCAUGUACCUAGUACUAUGGUUAAUAAAGAAGGAAAUGGAUCACAUCGAGCCAAUAAGAAACAUAAGACGAGGACAUUAGCAGCUUCAACUAAUGGUCCUACUUUGCGAUCAAGGACUGAAAGGGAUAUUGUUGAUGAUAACCACGAGGAUAGUACUUCUGAAAAUAGUUAUGAAGAAUCUGAAAAUCCCAUCAAUGAUGAAGAGCAACCUAUUGGGCAUCAAAAUAUAAGGAAAGGAAGGGGCCCAACCUUGAAGAAGAACAUAUAUUCAAGUAGUGGUGGGCCUAAAAUCUGCAUUACCCUUAAUGAAUAUGGACAACCAGUUGGUAGGAACAGCAAAGAGUUUGGUAAUUUCAUAGGAACUUUGGUGAGGAAAAAUAUCCCGGUUUCUUGUGAGGAUUGGAGACUAGUUGAUUCUAAAAAGAAGUUUGAGUUAUGGACAAAAGUGAAGGAAUACUAUGAAGUGGAUGAAUCUGGUAUAGAUUAUGUUAUAACAUCUGCAGCAAAAAAGUGGAGAGAGUUUAAGGCCGACCUAAAGAGCAAAUAUUUUGAUGAAACAUUGAGUUUUGAAGAGCUUAUUGCUAAAAGGGAUGAAAGGGUGAAAGAAUCUGAUUGGGAGUGGUUGAUAACUUAUUGGAUGUCUCCAGAAGCCGAGGUUCGUACAAACAGAGGUAAAGAUAAUCGUUCAAAGCUGACUAUGUCGCAUGCAGCUGGUAGCAAGAGUUAUGCUCGUGUGGGGCAUGAACUGGCCGAGCAACAAGGACGCCCUGCGAGAAGAGAUGAAAUAUAUGUUAGAACACACACGCGUAAGAACAAAGAAGGGGAUAUUGUGCCUCUACCUGGAGCAGAAAUAUUCAUUAAUAAAUUUGAAGAAGCUGUUGCUGAGAACCCAGAACUGAAGGACAGAAGUAUUGAAGAUGGUGAUUUAUAUGCACAUGUUUUUGGAGAGAAAGAACCAAGAGGUCGUAUUCGUGGUUUAGGCUUAGGACCAACUCCACAAGAUGUAGGCACUCCUGGAACUCAAAUGAAAAUAUCAACAAAGCUUCAAAUGGCAUUGCAAGCUCGCAGUCAGUCUGAGCAAGAGGUUAGAGCCUUAAGACAGGAUAUGAAUCAAAUGAAAGAGAAAAUGGAUCAAAUUUAUCAAAUGAUGGUAGCAGCUCAAGGGGUGCAACAUAUAGAAAGCCCAUCACAACAUGGGUCUAAUUCUCGACAGAACUCAAGGGUGCAUCGGUCAGAUGAGGUGGCACAUGGUUACAAUGGUAAUGACCAUUCACCAAAUAUGGUUGAAGAUGACUUGCACCUUACUAGGCGAGUUGCAAGCACUAUGGGCCGUCCAAGGAAUCGUGAAGAUGUUAAUACUAUUGAAGAGCAAAGUCGCAGGCGAGACAUUGCAACAACGGUACCUCAAAGAAAUCAUGGAUCGCCUCAAAAUGCAGAUGAUAAUCAUGUUGGUAAAGAAGUCAUAUUAUAUUCUAUGAUGAGAUCAGAAGUUCCUGUUGCAAUAGCAAAUAUUAUCUCAACCGACCCAACCACAAAGGUUGCAGAUGUUCCUCUUGGAAGGGAGUUUACACAGGUUUUUGUGACUCGUGUGCUAAAAAGGGAAAGUACUCUACCACGACCAUACUUAGGUGUAGAGAGUAUGGGGGAUGCUCUUUUUAUGCCCGUUGCAUGGCCAACGAACAAGAUGAGUCGUAAUAAAAAAUCAACAUUGACCCAAGGUUCUACAGCAGCAGCAGGAAGAGGAGCUGGAAGCAAGGAUCAGAUUGCUUGAAGUGUGAAAAAAAUGAUUACUCGCAUGCAUGCUAGCUGUUGGCGUAACACCCAGCCGAUGGAGAGAUUUUAGUUUGCUAGAUGUAUAUUUAUACUUUUGCAUGUAAUAGAACUGAAAGAUCACUUCAAAAAAUUAGGAAAUUCGUGUAUGCUAUUAUUUUUAUAUGUUCAUCACAGGAAUCGUGUUCUAAACAAAUAUAUGUUGGAAUUCAAAGUCAAAGAUUGAUCUCUUUCUUUUACUAAUCAAAUUUCAUA